AUGACGUGGGACGAGUUUAAGGUACCAUUCCUUAAACACCACAGUCCCAAGGCGGUCAUCAACAAAAUCAAGGAGGAAUUCAUCCAGUUAAGGCAAAAGGGUGAAACGAUUGAUAAAAUCACGGGUAUUUUCAUGGAUAAGCUGAGAUUCUGCGAUGAGCUUGUAACUACCGAGGAGCAUAAAAUAUAUUAUUAUUAUAAUAUGUUAAGUGCAGAAUAUCUGGAGUUUAUGUCUCCUUCCAAGUAUGAGACGCUCACCGAGAUCAUAAAUACGGCUCAGGAAAGAGAAAUUGAACUCAAGAAGCAAAUUGAACGAGGCGAACGAAGGGCGAUGGAUGUCAACUCGAGCCCUAUAAAGAAGGCUCGAACAACUGAGACGGUAAAGGAGACAGAUGCGAAGGGUGCAACACCGAGUUGCAAAGUUUGUGGAAAGGGGCAAAAGGGUGAAUGUCGCUUUAAAGACAAACCAUGCCCCAUAUGCGGAAAGACAGGGCAUACGACCGCGCUAUGUCCCGGGAAAGUUUCGGUGUGCUAUAAGUGCUAUCAGCCGGGCCACAAAAAGUUGGAGUGCUCGGAAUUGGACGGGAAAAGGAAUGAGAAGGAUGUUCAGAUGGAGGCAAAAAAGGCAAGGGCCAGAUCCUUCCAAUUAACCGCAACCGAAGUAAAGAUAGAACCUGAUGUCAUUUCGGGUAUGUUUCUUGUGAAUUUAAUUUUAACACAAAUUUUAUUCGAUUUGAGUGCGAAAUAUUACUGA